AUGAUAUUUCCUUGGCGUAGCAUCCAAACUGGCGGUGGUGUUGUGCGAACUGACGACGUAGACGAGGCCACCCUAAGUGGUAAUGAAGCAGAGGGAGGGGUGAAUGAAAAUUCCGGCGCUAUCCUCGUGCAGCCGUCGCAACAACAACAACAGCUACAACAUCGACAACAGCAACAACAUCGCCAACCAGAAUUUAAGUACAUAGAGCUAAGAGCGGAAAAUUCUCGGCGGUUUAGAAAUUUUAGGACGCUUGGGAGGGAAGCGUCUUUUAAAAUACGACCGAUUCCUGACGGCGCGAACUCGUUGCGAUGGUUAGAAGACGCGUUUCGCGAGGUACACGCGUACGUUAUACGCUCGAGUGCUCCGACCGAUUACGUCGGUCUAACAUUUUAUUCGGCGGAGCUAACUCAUGGACCGGCCGGCUUAUCAUUCCGACCGGCGCGAGACUUAACUCCCGAGGACAUAUGGAGCCUCGUGAGUUCGGUAGCGCAAAGUGCCGGCGGAAUGGACGUGACGCAAAAUUUUUCGGUGAGCGUCUUUAGUGUCGCGGUCCCGGUAGGUCGGGGACGCACAUCGAAUAAAUUGACGCGCGAAGACGUCGCGAAGCGAUCAAUUCUCCAAAUUAAUAACGAUGAUAAUCUGUGUCUCCCUCGCGCUUUGGUGCUAUCUCGGAUACAUUGUCAGCGGGGAAAUGUGCGCGAGGGAGAAUUACAUAGACUGUGGAAUUCCGUAAGAUGUAGGACAUCGGCGUUACAGCGAGAAUUAGCGAUGGAAUUAACACGUAACGCCGGUGUCGUAGUCCCUGAAGAGGGUUGCGGAAUUCCUGAGAUUGAUCGCUUCCAACGGUUUUUCGCUACUGAAAAUAUUGCAAUCGUGAUAUAUAAUUUCAGUACUUUCGGACGUGGCGAAAAACCGUUGUACGACGGUACCACGAUACUCGGCGAAUUAGGACGCGAACCCUCGUUUCGCCUUAACAUUAUGUACUACGAGGGUUCGCGUCACUAUAACCCGAUAUUGUGUUUGAAAGCUGCAGCCGGUUCACGCGGAGGGUAUUGCGUCGCGUGUAACGUAGGCUAUCGUCCGGAUAAGGGGCACCGUUGCGCGAAAAAAUGUCCACGGUGCUACGCAGCGACGCAUUGCGAAAAUCUCGAUGCGGCGCUCGUCAGAUGUGGAAAAUGUAAACGCAGUUUUUUCGGAGAAAGCUGCUACAAUCGUCAUCGCAAAAGCAAUUCGUAUGACGGCAAAUCGUGCGCCUCCGUCUGUGAUUCCGUUAAGAUUUGCGACGGAUGCGGACGGUUUGUAAAAUCGGGAUCUGAGCACAAAUGCGACGAGACAUAUUGUAAGACGUGUUGUUCGCUACAGUCGACAAACCAUUGUUGUUACAUGCAUCCUCUUCGCCACAAAUCCGUAAUCAAAAAUCCUGGCGAGGGGACGAGUACGGAUGAACGACUGGAAGAUACAUGUAAUAAGAACAAUGUCGAACGUGCGAACAAUCGGGACAAAGGUCGCGUCGCGUUUGUGUUUUAUGAUUUCGAAACGCGACAAGACGAGGUGCUUGAAGCUAGUGAAAACACUUACCUUCAUGUACCGACUCUCUGCAUCGCUCACCAAGUCUGCGAAGCAUGCUCCGCGGUAGAGGAAGACGCGGCACGAUGUCGAUGGUGCGGGAUACGUGAAUUUGUGUUUCGGGAUGAUCCUGUGAAACAAUUUGUUGAGUUCGUAACACGCCCGACAAAAUGUUUCAAAAGGAUCAUCUGUAUCGCGCAUAACGCGAAAGCAUUCGACGCUCAGUUUAUAUUAAAGCACAUAAUAGAAAGAACUGAAAUGACUGAAAAACCCGAGUUGAUUUUGAACGGGACAAAAAUAAUCGCGAUAACACUUGGGCGUGUUAAAUUUAUAGACAGUGUAAAUUACAUGCCCAUGCGCUUAUCCGAUUUACCCAAGGCUUUCGGGUUGAGGGAUACGUCGGAUAAAGGCAUAUUUCCACACCUUUUCAAUAGAGUCGAAAACCAGACAUAUGUCGGUCCGUUACCCGACAUUCGAUAUUUUUGUCCCGACCAAAUGAAACCGGAAGAACGCGAACAAUUUUUAGCUUGGCACUCAAAGAUGAUUAACGAAAGUUACAUCUUUGAUUUCCAACGCGAAAUUGUUCGCUACUGCCGUAACGACGUAAUCAUUCUUCGUCGCGCCUGCAUGGAAUUCCGUAAAAUCUUUUUAGAACGUGGCGACGUGUGUCCCUUCGAGGAAUGCACGACUAUCGCAUCCACGUGUAUGAAAGUUUUCCGGAAAAACUUUUUACGCGAGGGUGAAAUAGGCGUGAUUCCGACAAAGGGAUACAGGAACGCAGACAAGUCAUCGCAGAAAGCUCUGAGAUGGCUCGUGUGGAUGGAACGCGAAUUAGGACAACAGAUUAUUCACGCGGGACGAGGACGGGAACAACAAAUUGCAGGCGCGAAAGUUGACGGAUAUUACGAAACAGUGACUGAUAACGAGACGCGACGUUACGUAUUACAAUUUCACGGCUGCUUUUGGCACGGAUGUCCAACUUGCUUUCGCGUUAAUCGCGAUCGUCCACUUUUAUCCACGAAUCCCGAAGACACCAUCGACACGCGUUACGAACGUACUCUCGCGAGGACGUGGCGCCUUCAAAGGUUAGGGUACCGCGUAACCGAAAAGUGGGAGUGCGACUUUGAUCGAGAGGUGCAAGAAAAUUCGGAAAUUAACACAUUUUUAGAAAAUCACGCUAUAUUGAAACACGCACCUCUCAAUCCACGUGACGCGUUUUACGGCGGACGUACGGAGAACAUCGCGACCCUUUAUGAAGUUAAGGGUACAGAGAAAAUGCGUUACGUUGACGUAUGUUCUUUGUACCCUUUCGUAUUAAAAACCGGUGCUUUCCCGAUUGGUCAUCCCGAUAUUUAUAUCGGAGAAGAAUGUGACAGAUUAAUCGGGACAGCACCGAAUUUUAAUUUCGACAAUGUAGAGGGUCUUGUCCGCUGUAAAAUACUCCCACCGCGCAAUCUUUAUCAUCCGGUGCUCCCGUUCCGCGUUAACGGUAAAUUGUUAUUCGGUUUAUGCCGUAGCUGCUGCGAAACCUUUUCGAAAACGCACUGCACUCACGAUUCUCCCUCCGAACGUGAAUUCUCGGGUACAUGGGUAUCCUGCGAAUUGCGCAAGGCUGUCGAGAAGCGUUAUUUCGUGACGGAGGUGAGCGAGAUUUGGCAAUACAAAGUCACGAAAUACGAUCCCGGUAACCGGCAGGGUGGCUUGUUUGCCGAAUAUAUAAAUUGUUUUUUACAAUUAAAGCAAGAAGCGAGCGGGUGGCCGAGCGAAUGCCAGGACGACGACGUAACUAAGGAACGAUACCUGAGGGAGUAUGAAAAAACCGAGGGUAUCGUUCUCGAAAAAAAUAACAUCACUCGAAAUCCUGGUCUUCGUUCGGUUGCUAAGCUUUGCUUAAAUUCUUUCUGGGGGAAAUUCGGCCAACGAGCCAAUCUGCCUAAAACCGAGAUUGUAAAAUCAUUCCAGCAUUUCGUGACUUUGCUCACCAGUCCUGAGCACGAAAUAACCGGUAUAUUACCCGUCAACGACGAGGUAAUGUACGUUUCGUGGCGGCUACGCGAGGAAGCGGUCGUAGCCUCGCCGAUAACUAACGUCGUUAUCGCUGCCUAUACGACGGCACAGGCGAGGUUAAUAUUGUAUAGUUAUUUAGAAAAAUUAGGAACAAGAGUCUUAUACUGUGACACAGACUCGUGCAUUUAUCUAAGCUCUGGUGCACCGAACGAGUACGAACCACAUACGGGUAACUUUUUAGGCGACAUGACGGACGAACUCGAUUGCUAUGGCAGCGGUAGCUAUAUCGAGUCCUUCGUAUCGGGAGGGCCGAAAUUUUACGCUUAUGUGGUUCGUACGCCGGAAGGAAACACCCACGAGGUCUGCAAAGUGAAGGGGAUAACGUUGAAUUACGUUAAUUCAAAGCUCCUGAACUUUCACAGUAUAAGACAUCUAAUAUCUGGGGUAGAAGAAGAAGAAGAAGAAGGAGAACCGGGAAGGGAUAGUGCGAUAAAACUGCGUUUUACUGCAAUUCGGCGUACAGCGUUUCACGACAUCGUGACACGUAGCGAGAAAAAAACCUGUGCGCCGGUAUUGCUAAAACGCAGAUUUAUCGAUAAUCGCUAUUCGUUCCCGUAUGGAUUUUGUUAA